AUGGAGGUGUUCUCCGCCAACCACCGACCGUCCGACUGCUGUGUUGAGUGUCAGAUCUCGCAGAUCUUUGACUGCAUCAGCACUGCGAAACAUUUUUACGAGCACUCGAUCUCACAGAGUGAGCCACGACCCAUCAUGUCUCGCUACCACGACGAUCGUGAAAGUGAGAUCUACCGUCGGCCACGAAGAGAUCGAGACUACGACGAACUGGAAGUGGAUAUCAAACGCUCACGACAACCCGAAGGUCGGCGAGGCGAGACUCUGGUCAAGGAACGAGAUAGCGUUGUCUCGGAGCGUCGUCCACGCCAACCAGAUUUUCUACGCGAAGACUACGGAAAGACCUCAAACGCACAACAGCUGGUGGUACGAGAUGACAAUCGGGAGGAUGAUGGAUACAGUCGGGUUUCGCGGCGAAGGAGCGUGGAGACAGUGAGGUCUCGAGCGCCGACGGAAAAAAGCGGAAGAGAGGAUCGGGCGCCAUACCCUAGAAGUCAGCGAAGCGAGGCCAACUUCGACGACGACGACGAGGAGGAUGAAGUCGUAUAUCGCACUCGCUCCCGUACACGCUCCCGAGCACGAUCGCGGGUACCGCCACGCGAAGAGCGGUCGAGCGAGGAGGUGGACAUUACCAUACGACGGGAAGAGCGAGAGUCUCAUCGGCGUCCAUCACCACCUCAAAGUGAAGCACCUGUGGAGGAGAUUCGCUUCAGACGCGGCGGAGGAGAGCGGCCACCACCGGCUCGGGUGGUUGAGAAGACAGAGAUUGACAUUCGCGAGCGUGAACGUGCACCGCCUCCGCCUCGUUCGGUCGUUGAAAGGGAGGAGAUCGACAUCCGCGAGCAUCGUGAGCAUCGGUCUCCGGCCCCUCCACCACCGCGCUCCGUCAGCGACAGGGAGAAGUUUGAGUUUGAGUUUCGGGAACAUCGCUCUCCUCCUGGAAGAGGUCGCGACCAUUUCAAAGAAGAGAUUCACAUCCGAGAGCGUAGUUCUCAGCCGCGCCAUCGCUCUGCUAGCCGUGGAGUAUUGGUCGCCAAGAAGGAAGAAGAGUGGAUCGUUCGCAGACCGCGUACACCACCGCCACGAGAUUACGAAAAGGAGGAAAUCAUUAUUCGUCGCAAAGCGAGAACGCCAACGCCAGAACCAGAGCCAGAGCCAGAACCGCCGCGUGAGCCAACACCCGAGCCAAGUCCGCCGCCACCACCGGAACCCAUUUAUCGGCCGCCAAUCAUCCAGGAAGUCAUCACCCAUCAUCGACAUAUUGAUCACGGCUUCGAACGCGCACCAUCGCCGGCUCCACCACCUGCGCCCGCGCCUCCCAGUCCUCCGCCACCGCCAAAGCAGGCUAGAGAAGAGAACCUGGAGAUUGAAAUAAGACGCAAAGGCACCCGCAACGGCAAAGCUUACGAAGAAGACUUCACAUUCGAGAAGGAGUGGACCGACCGCGAGGUGGAGAAAGUGGAGAAAAAGCGCUCGACCAGUGUCAGCACUCGUCGACGCUCACCUUCGCCUGCCCCACGCCGGCGAUACGACGAGUGUUACGAUGACGAAAUCGCAGCCGAAGCUGAUUUCUACAACCGCAAAAUUGGGUCGCGGGCUUAUCCAGGUGAGGCUUACAACGGAGCCACGAAAGAUUGGGCACUUGUGGACAUUCCUCCAGGCACUGAGCGGGUCCGCAUGGAUGGUGUUGGAGGCGGCCGACAAGAAAUCACUUGGCAGCGCUACAACGGCGAACGACGCGGUCGCUUCGUUUCCGGCGAUCGUGCGUAUGAGGCAGAGUACGGAAAUGGUUAUUCGUCUCCACCACCGCAGCUUCCGCCUGCGCCGGCGCCUCCACGUGAGACGACUCGCGAGAUCAAGGAGGAGAUUAGGAUUACCGAGACCCGUGGUGAGAAGGAGAAACCUCGCAAGCGUGACAAGAUGUGGACCGAGGUCACCAAGGAUCUGGUGAUCAAAGAAGCGAUCGAUGAGCAGGGGUAUGAGUACGAGGAGACGGAUGACUUCUUCUACAUCAUCGAGUACCUCAAAUACGAGGACGUCCUCCGUCUCGUGGAGAUUACUGAAGAGAUCAAGAAGGAGCGCCGCGAACGCAUACGCGAGCUUCAGUGGGAGAGGGAAGAGAUCGAGCGUGUGCCGAAGAUGAUCACCGCUCCACCACCGAUGCCGCCCAUUCCACCUCCACCACGAUCGAAGUACGACCAGCGGAUCUACGAGCGAGACUACAUCUACGAUCGGGACUUCCGCAGAUAUCGCUGA